AGGGGGUGCACGUUAAAGCCCUCGCACCUUUAGUACAUCAGCACACAGGGGUGGGUUUUUCAAAAAAAAUCUAAACUGACCCACUUCCUGCAGUGGGAGAUCAGCACUUUUUACAGUGGAGUGGGGAGAGGCAUGAGAGGGAGGAGAGUUAUGACAUCAGCAGGAGGAGGAGCAGAAGAGGACGAAAACAGCAUCCUUCACCAGAGGGAGGAGAGCUGCAGAGAAGGAAGAGGUGAAGGAGGAGACCGAUGGUGCUGUCUGAGAGAAGGACGGAGGGACGAGAGACCUUGAGGCAGACAGGCAGGCAAGGAGAGAGAAAGAGGCAGGACAAGGCUUCAACAUCUGUCCCUGGGGCCCGUGUGUGUGAAGGAAAAGCAGUGAAGGGUGGAGCCAUGAUGGGCAAAGAUUACAUGCUGGCCAUCAUCAUCGUGAACUACGACGACAACAUCUGGACAGACCAGAACCUCCUGAUGGAUUCAGACCUUCCAUCUGGUUGGAGAACCAUUAAAGGGUCCACAGGAACUUAUUACUGGCAUGUUCCAACUGGCGCCACCCAAUGGCAGCACCCCUGUCUUACUGGAAUGUCACAAACACUGGAAACGCCGGAGGAGGCAGCAGAGCCGAGCUCCAAGGAGACAGAUGGACACACUGAGGACAGAUUGUUGGGGCAUGAAGACUAUCAUACCAUCCGGGAUCCUGACUCAAAGUACUUCGCUGUGCGCUCUCUGGGCUGGCUGCAAGUGGAGGAGGAGGACCUGUCUCCUGGACGCAGCAGCCUCGCUGUCAGUAAUGUCAUCCAGCAGCUGUCUCACUGCAGAGAUGGUCCAGAGCAGAGGGACAGGUUGGGGAGCUGGGGGGAGAACCGGGAGAUGAUGCUGGUUCUGAAGAAGGACACUUUGACCCUGUUAGACCCGCUAGACCACACCCCACUGCAUUGUCAACCAAUCAUCAACAUCCGUGUGUGGGGGGUGGGCUGCAACAAUGGGAGAGAUUUUGCAUUUGUGGCGGGCGACAAGGACAGCUGCGUGCUGAAGUGUCAUGUGUUUCGCUGCGACGCUCCUGCCAAAGCUGUUGCCAUGGCGCUGCAUGAGAUGUGCUCGAAGAUGGUGGCUGAGAAGUCCGUGAGGAGCCCGUCACGCUCCCUGACGAUGGAGAGUAUUUCACCGGCAGACCUACCCAGACAAGUGGAGGUUCUGGAAGCAGUCCGGCACCAGGUUCAGAAGUUUGAGGUCCAAUACAUUGGGAACUUGCCGGUGUCCAGAGCCAUGGGUAUGGAGGUGCUGAACCGAGCCAUUGAGAGCAUCAUGACCUCCACAGACCGCGAUGACUGGGAGCCCGCAGUGAUCCACGUCACAGACAGCAUGCUGUCGCUGUGGAGGGGGGAGGACGAGCCACUCUGGGAGUGUCAGGUGCGCUUCCUCACCUUUCUGGGUGUCGGCCAUGACAGUCACACCUUCGCAGUGAUCGCUGAUGGCGGCACGCAGCAGUUCGAGUGUCACGUUUUCUGGUGUGAGCCGGACGCAGGAAUCCUCUCUGAGGCUGUGCAGGCUGCUUGCAUGGUGCAGUACCAGAAGUGCUUGGUGGCGCAGACUCCUCCUCCCAGACCCAGGUCGUGGCACAUGACCCCGUCCAAAGUCAAACGGGCUAACUCCAUGGACGGGGCCGUCUUCCCCCCACUCACGUCCCGCACCGGAAGCCUGAUGACGACGAAGGGCAGCAUCAAUGUGAGGAAGGGGAUGAUGGCGUUCUUUGAAACUUUUCGUACCAAACAGGCCACCACCUCAUAGCUAAGGGGGCGGAGCCACCGUAGUCUGCAGAUGGUGUGUGAGUCGCAGAAGCCAUGGCAUCAUCACCAGACUGCCGUGUGGUUGGUUUGCGGCUCGGUCGGUUGAGCUUCACCUGGAACACGUGGGACAGCGCCCUUUGCUUGUGUCGGACAAACCAGACCUUCAGAAGCUUCCGAAGCUUUUUCCACAGCGGUGAACAGAGGCCAGAGCGCGCUCAAAAUGAUAACAGUGAAAGAAAACCCUUCUGGACUUCCUGUUUCAAAAUAAAAUCUUCCUUCCUGCCUUGAACCCAAUUUUCCUGAAACCUCCCGUAAGAAGAACCGUAGAGAUCACUGUCAGAGCAUUGUCACGUGACCUGCCAUGGCGAGCUCACCUGGCUGUUAGACAGAAAUGUGUUCCUGAUUGUUGACGUUAGCAGCUUUAUUAUUGCCUCGUCCACAAUGGCGAUGCCUCAAGCUGCCUCCUGAUUGGCUGAGGCUCCUGCAAGAAGCAGAUGCAUGUGAAAAAAUAGUAGGCUUGGUGUGUCAACAAGAAUACUCUGAUCAGCAGUAAACAAACAAAUGAUGUCAUGUAUAAAUAAACCCAAAUAAACUCCCUUACAGCUUGUUA